CCCGCCCCGGAGUGACGUCACGGGCUGGGUCGCGAUGGAGGGCGCGCGGGGGCGCCGCGACUUCUACCUGGGGCUGGGGCUGGCGCUCGGUUCCUGCGGCUUCAUCGGCGUCAGCUUCGUCCUCAAGAAGAAGGGGCUGCUACGCCUGGCCGCCCGCGGCGCCGCCCGCGCGGGGCACGGAAGCCACGCCUACCUGCGCGAGUGGCUGUGGUGGGCCGGGCUGUUAUGCAUGGGAAUUGGAGAAGCAGUGAAUUUUGCUGCAUAUGCCUUUGCCCCAGCAACAGUGGUAACACCGUUGGGCGCAUUAAGUGUUCUAGUUAGCGCGGUUUUGUCAUCCUCCUUUCUGAACGAACGACUGAACAUCCAUGGGAAGAUUGGCUGCAUCCUAAGUAUCCUGGGCUCUACAGUGAUGGUUAUCCAUGCUCCACAAGAAGAGGAAGUAUCCAGCUUGGAAUCAAUGGCAGAGAAGCUUAAAGAUCCAGGAUUCAUUGUCUUCGCUAUGUGUGUGCUGGUGAGCUCCAUUCUCCUCAUCUUCGUGGCUGGGCCUCGUUAUGGUAGGAGCAAUGUCUUAGUAUAUGUUUUGGUCUGCUCUGCCAUUGGCUCUCUCUCCGUGUCCUGUGUCAAGGGCCUGGGCAUUGCACUCAAAGAACUGUUUGCUGGCAAGCCAGUGCUGAAAGAACCACUGAUAUGGGUGCUACCAGCUUGCCUGGGGGUCUGUGUCAGUGUCCAGAUCAAUUACCUGAACAAGGCUUUGGACAUCUUCAAUACAUCUGUGGUCACGCCAGUUUACUAUGUCCUGUUCACCACAGCUGUCGUGAUGUGUUCAGCCAUUCUUUUCAAGGAGUGGCAACACAUGGCCCUGGACAACAUAAUUGGCACGAUAAGUGGCUUCCUCACCAUAGUCUCUGGCAUUUUCCUUCUACAUGCCUUCAGAGACAUGCCCUUUACCCCAGACCUGCUGCCCCUCUUCCUAAGGCAAGGAGGGGCAGACCUGCAUACCUCAUCUUGGAGGGGGUCAGAAAGGCACCAGUUAUGUCUACAUCAGCCCCUUCUGGUCCCAGAGGACAUCCAUAAAGGUUCUCAAAGUGUAGAAGAGGACGAGGAAGUAGGAAGUGUAUGAAUGCUUGCAAAACAACAAAACUUUAACAACCACUACUAGAUGCCUGAGAAGCCUUGAAUUGCUACUGGUAGUUUUUUAGUCCUGCUACUGAUCUCCACUUUGGUCUGAUGCAGCAAGCUCAAAUGAACAUCACCAGCUCCAACUGUUGCCGGGAGUAAACAAGCAUCAUGUUUAUCAGUGAACUGUGAUCUCCCACUGGUAAUGGACCUGAAUAUCGUGCCAGGAGACUUGACUAGCUUCCAGGUGCUCAGAACACCAGACCUGGGCAAAACACCUACCAGUGUAUUCUGGUUCCUUCUCAGUGUGUUCCUCUCUAUCAGAAUGUGCUGUGGUUGCUGCUCUACUACUGAGGCAUAAGUCUAUGGAUGUAUGAAGCAACCUGGCAAUAAUUAUAAUAACCCUUUUUGAAUGUAAAAACCAUUUUAGGUGGCCUUAAACAUUUUUUUUUAUAUUGAAAGUCUAACUUUUGCAAAGUAUUCUGAAGGGCUGAUCCUUACAGUGUUAUUGCUGCACCUAUAGCAACACAGGUGACUCAAGUGUUUUAACGUUGGAAGUAUUCAGUAUGUUUCAGAAGUUCAUUUGUACAGCCUUAAAGUGCCUUCUCUGCUCACUUUAAGAGGUUAUUUACUGACUCAAAAUCAAGAGCAGGACUAGAUAAACUCUGCAGUGGUGCUAUCCUGGCUCUUUGAAUCUGGUUCCUUUGUGAAGUGUGACUCCUUUCUGGUAUGUUUCACUGGGAAGGGAAUAUGUCCAUUUACCAUAAUUGAUUAAAACAGAUUUGCUCCA